AUGGAGAAUAAUUUAUUUAUUUUUACAGUUCAAAAUAAAUGGGUUUCACUACGAGAAAAAGUUGUUUUAAAGUUAGGAUAUAUUUUGAGAGUGGAAACCAUAAGGCCUGAACUGUUUGGGGUGGUUCGGUUGAUGUUACUAGACAAAGGUGGAAUUUUUCACCUGCUAUGUCAUCUUGUUGUGUCAUCUUCAUCACAUCCACAGAUCUUCUUUACAACCCCCGCAGUGACUUUAAAAGAAGGUGAACCAUUAUUGGUCAAGUUGUCUGAUGUUGUACAAAUACCUGCAUUAGGUACUGGAAAGUUCUGGUCUUAUCUUCCAACACCAGUUGAACAGCUUUAUUUUGACACAAUCAACAAGACAUGGAUUAACUACACAAAGGCCAUAUCACUGAUUGAGAAGAAAGGACCAUUCAGUGUAAAUAUAUCUUUCCAAGACUCUUCCACUGUUCAAGCUGAUGACUUAUUUAAAAUGACUGCCAAAACACCAAACAGUGAAAGUUGGGAACCAGUUGACUUAAUUUCUGGAACAAUUCUACCACUAACCAGUGACAUCAAAAUAACCAGUCAUGCUGGUAUGCAUGGCAGAUCAGAUGUGAAUGUAAAGCUGUUCAAUUCUAAAGAAGAAACUUUGUUGCUUCUAGAUGAAAAGACCUUAUCAGUGCAGGUUAACCCUAAAAACAGUGCUCCAGUUCCACGGAUGAAUAUUUUGAUGGAAAACCUUCCACACUUCUCUUACUUAAUGAGCUCAAAAACCUUCACUGUUUCACAGUUCAUGACUCCUGUGUAUAAAGACAGUGAUGGUGAUGAAUUAGGAAUAGCUGUAUUAAUUGCAGAAGAAAGUGAAAUAGGGAUGUGGCAGUAUAAAACAACUGAGCAAUCUGUUUGGCAGAGUCUACCAGUUGCAUCAAAUCGAUCUUCAUUUUCAAACAUGUCACUGGAAUUUAUUCCUUACAAUUUUGGUCUUAUUCAUCAUAGAAGUUUAAACCAAGGAAUGACAAAGAGUGUUUCAAUGAAAGCUGUGUUUCUUUCCCCUUCAACGGAGUUGCGUUUUGUUGGAAAAUACCCCGAUGUCAAAUACUCCAUAUUUGAGGCUGCUGAAAAAGUUAUGCUUUUAGGAACAGCUUGGGAUAUGACUGAUAGUAGAGGUGAUGGAGAAGUUGUUGACAUGAACUUAGCAAAUUGUGCUCUGCUUUGUGGAAAAGAGGGUCCUCUUGCUGAAGAUUUUAUGGUUUAUUAUUUGGAACAACGAGACUGUUUGGAUCUACGUGUGAUUGACCACCCACUGAUGGAGGAUGACUGUGGUGUGUGUGGUGGUGAUGGGUUAACUUGUCGUGAUUGUACUGGAAUAUAUAAUGGAAAUUUUUCUGAGGAAUGUGGUUUGUGUACAUCGGAAAAGCCAGAGGAUAUAAAGAAAAGCUGUGCUAACUUCUGUGAGAAACAAGAGGAGGUUAUAAAAAUUAAUGACAAAUAUUUAUGUGUUCAGAAAGAACUACCACAGGAUCAAUGUGAUGAAGCAGAUGAUAAGAAUGCUUAUGUGAAUGUAUGUGGUUAUUGUGUUGAAAAGAAAACAGAAAGAAUGCCAGAUUAUGGAAUGGACAAAUGUGAUGUGUGUGAUGGUAACAAUUUAUGCAUUGGCUGUGAUGGUGUUCCUCACAGUGGUAAAAAAACCGAUGUUUGUGGAAACUGCCUUCUACCCACAGAUCUCCACUUUAACAGCUGUACAGCAUUUCUGCUUCUAUGGCCAGAAGUUAUUGAUAUGACAGACCCAAAUGAACCAGUAAACAUUACCAUUCAGAUGACUAAAGCAUUAGCUAAAGAUAAUAUUGAAUGCAAACUUGAACCUGUUGGCAACAUCGAAAGUUCUUCAAAAGAAUCUCUUCCAGAAUUUCAUGCUGCUGUGCAGAAAGAAAUUUAUAUUGUAACAUUCUGGAGAUUUUUUGCAAAUGUACCAGUUGGUGCUUAUGAAUUAGGAUGUACAUUCAAAGAUGCUGGGAAAGUGGAGCAAAGAAAUCUGAGAGUUUAUCAUGUAAAUAGUGCAUCACAGAAAAUAGAGAAGAUUUUUCCCAAGAAGUUAUUUAUAAUGAGAGAUACCAAGGUAACUUUGACACUCAGUGAAAAUGUGCUUGAUACUGGUAAGCUGGGCUGCAUAUUCAGUAUAAAAAAUAUUUUUGGAUUGACAAAAGAUAUUUUGAGUAAAGAAAAGGUUGAAGUUCAAGGAAAAAAUUUUACCUGUUUGUUUCCAUCUUCAGUUAACUUGGUGGGAUUAGCUUCAGUAACACUCAGCCACUUUUCAGAUGAAGGACCUUUCCCAAUUUCAGGAAAAAGUCCUUGGAUUUCUGUUGUCUCAAAAGCACCCACUCCAGUUAGGAACUUCAUAUCAGACAGUUUAUAUGAGUUGAUUAUAGUAUUUGAUAUGAAUAUCUUUAUGAAAGAACCAUGUCAACAACUGUUUAACACAGAUACAACAAAAAAUCUAAUUUUUAAAGGCUGUGAGAUAGAAAACAACAUUAUUCAAGCACAACUAGACUUUGGUAGCAAAGUUAAAACGAAUAUGAGUAUUGAUCUGCUUCCUGGGUUACUCCAUUAUCGUACUAAAAAUGUUGAUUUUACGGAGAAGAUGGCAGCACAGCAAGUUGCUGUUCAGUGGCCUGAGAAUCCAGAAAUGCCUAGUUUUUCUCUUGUUGGACCAUCAGUAGUAUGUAAUCAGGUUGUGCAAUUAAGUCUGAGAAACUUGAGAGGAGGGGAAGUUUUUGGUUUUAUAUACAGUUGGAUGGUCAUUAAUCAGUCAAAGACGAAUGGGUGGCACCCGUUCUCCAUCCCUCUGUAUUCAUAUGUUGGAUCUUCUUUCUGGGCCCACACACUCGAUAUUCCUAUCAUUGCGUGUCAUGUUCCAGGUGCUUUCACUCUUGUUGUGGAUUGGAUUCCUGUCCAGACAACAUUUAUCCGAUGGAGUGGUCUCUUGAUACUUUUGUUUUCCAGUGGCUUUGACUUCAGCAGGUACUUCUGGAGUGUGAAUAGUUCUGACUUCCAAGUACCUGCACCUUGGGGUCCUGUUCUGUCUCUUUCUCCAGGAGAGAUGAAAGGAGGAAAAACAUACUUGUUAACACUUACAGUAUAUGUAGAUCGUGGUACAGUAUUAUUCAACAGUUCAAUAAAAAUUCAAACUUCUUUACCUCCUCUGAUUGCAAUUACACACACUUCUAAACUUGUAAUUGGCUACAAUCAAACAUUUUGUGUGGAUGGAUCUAUGUCUUACGAUCCUGGAGACAAAGAAGCAAAACUUGAGUAUGUUUGGACAUGCCGAAAGAAAAAAGCAAUUGGAUAUACAGGUUGUCAUACAUUAACUUCAAAGUCUAAAAGGAUUAGACUAGAGAUGCAUUUAAGGGAUGCUAUAUUUCUACCUCACUUCUGUGUUCCAGGUGGACUGUUGCAUGUUGGAGAAUACUCCUUCACAUUAUCUGUAUUAAAGAAAAAAAGAAUUGCAAGAUCCACCACAGCAGUCAUUAUUAGCAGUUGGCCCGAUAUACCAAUUGUUACCAUACCAAGGACAGUUAAUCAGUUGAAUGUUACACCUGAUACUGGAAAGUACUUAGAAAUCCCAGCAUAUUUGGAUUCAAAGCAGAAUGCAUUAGUUCGAUGGACAUUUCAUAAUGAUGCUAAAUAUCAAAUAACUGAAGACAGUGAAACUUCAGAAACUUUCAUGUUUAAGGGAUUAUCAAGAGCAAAACCUAUAUCUCUUACAUCAGAAUACAUCGGUAAUAUUUAUUUAAACGUUUCUAUAGAAUUGCUAGUAGAGUAUCCUUCAACAAAUGUAUCUUUAUCAUCACACUCUAUUCACUUCAAAGGAUCAGUGAAUAAACCAAGAAUAGUGUCUUUUGAGGUUACACCUUCUGAAGGGAACUGUUUGUUAACACCAUUUAAUAUAAAAGGAAAAGUCAUCUGGAAUCAGAAAUAUUAUACUUCAGAUUCAUAUUUUAUUGUCUUUCACUUUUCAUCUGGUGCUACUACUAUUUACUUGACUCCAGGUGUUCAGCUAGACCUGAAAAACCUUCAUCUGCCCUGUGGAAGUGGGGAGAAAAGUGAUCGGCUCCUCAUUUCUCUUGCUGCAUGCAGUGGUGGUGCUCUUUGUGCCAGAGAAAGUACUGAGGUUGUGCUAAAUCAAGCAGCAAGUACUAGUAGUCACCAAGAUCUUGACCAUAUAGUGCAAACUAUACAAGAAAGUAUUAAUAAAGGAGAUAUUCGAAGAACCUUUCUCAACAGUUGGGCUGUUCUGCUGUCUUCAAAUGAAAACUCCGAAGUUUAUCAGAAAGCUAAGAGUGCUAUAGAAAUUAUUGUUUGGAGGGGUGUUCUGCUGUUCAGUCAGGGGUUAAUCAAUGCUACUAAUCAAACACCAGAAGCUGUCCGUUUACUUCAUGUUAUGAUGUCAGAUAACCAUUGGAAUAUCUUGAGCAUAGAAGGAAAAUUAGCCAUAACAUUACUGAAAGAUGAAAUUUUCCGUGCCAUUUCAUCAACUAAAAUCCAGCGAAAUCCUAAGCAAAGAGUGGGAAAUAAUAAAAAAUCUUCCACUUAUGACCAGAGUAAAGUGCAAGUGGCAAAUUCAGCAUUAUUAUCCACAUCAGUGAGUCAUAGAAACUUGGGUACUUCAUUCUCGAAAUAUUUCAGUCCUUGGAUGGCUGAAACAUUACUUCAAGCCAUUGAUAAAGAGAUUGAUCUUCAAUUGAUGUUCUAUAUGCAACUCACAGAGACAAAGAAAAUUUUUGACAAUGUGAAUUUUUUAACCAGAAGUCUCUGUUACCAUCUUAAGGAAGGACUGUAUUUAGAUACAAAAGCUCUCUCAUCAAAAAUUUCUCUUCUGGUUUAUAAGCCUGUCUCUCUCAUUAAGGAAGACUUUUACUCGGCUGUCUUCACUCACUUUAUUUCUAGUGAUGCGAAAGUAGGAGUACUUUUUAGCUCAACCCUGUUAAAUCGACUGGCAAUAAAGACAUGUGCUGAUGGACUGCCUUGUCAUACAGCAUGUAUUGGUAUUUCACUGUACACAACAGACUUCUGGAGUCCUCAGACUGGAUUGUUGAAUAAUCCUGAAAAGGUCUAUGACAUUGUGGAAAUUCAUUUGUUUAGUUCAGACUCUGUUACUCCUAUCAGACCUGAGAAACAAAAAGAUGCUGUCACCAUUAUAUUUGGUGGACAUCCAUUACUCCCAACUGUUAUUCAAUUGAGUCUGGGGGUAAGUCCCAUAUUAAAUGAGUCCUAUAGUUCCACUGUUCUUGAAACAGACGAGUUUCAUGGUACAACUUGGAGAAAAGAGUGUUUCAUGUGGGAAGUUGAUCACUGGGAUAGCCAAAACUGUAUGACUAAUACAACUAUCCCUGGAAUAACUAUUUGUUCCUGUAAAUCCUUUGGAGUAGUUGGGGUGUUCAAGGUUAAUGGCAGUAACUACAAAUCAACAGUGACUCCUGAAACUGAAAGUCCCAACACUUUUCCCCCUGUCUCAAAAGCCCAACGAGUAAGCUUCAAAAUUAAUGGAGACUACAAGCUUCUAGUUGGUGAUAGAAAAAGUGAAUUCCUGGAAAAUAUGAAGAAACAGAUAGCAAAAUUAUUAAAUAUUCCACCAUCAGCUAUACGUAACUUGGAUGCACAACCUGGAUCUGUUGAUGUCUUCUUUGAACUGGAUCCUAACCAAGUUAAUGUUACACUCAUUAUGGAGACCAUAGCAACAAUGAUAUCAAAUGGGGAGUUUCCCUUGAAGGAUUUGAACAACCAAGUGAUAGAAAUUGAGAUAGAUUCACUAAGUUUUGCUACACCUCCUCCUGCCACUUUAUCACCAGCUGUAGUAGUCAACAGUAAAGGUUUUAAAGUGUUUGAACUGAAUCUUUACUGUUGA